AUGGAACGAUCAAACUUCGCCUACACUCCUAUCGGCAAGUCGUCUGACGUUGGAGAACAUGUCAUCCAGCAGCCAUAUAUGAUCGUCCGGUACGAGAACGCCAAGGCGACCACCCAGGAAGUUCAGCAGGAGACACCCGAGCAGACAGGCGCCCGGUUCAAGAGUAACAACAAGGGCAGCUUCGGCGUCUCGAUGGAUCAGCACACCAUCAGCCACAGCCUGGAAAAGCUAGGAGAGAACCUAGAGGACCUUCGAGCCGCCAUAAAACAACACGAGAAUCUUCUUUUAGUUGUAUUGUAUUAUAUACCUAGCUCAGACUCUCUCUCUCUCUCUCUAUCCGAUGUUUCAUCUUAUAGCUCAUCUGCCAAUCCAUCCCUCUAUAGGGACAUCCCUAAUAGUUGGGACCUGCACUAA